AUGGUCGUCGUGUCCGCACAGGCGCACACGAUAGAGCCGCUGCAUCAAAGCCGCUCCCAACGUAUCAAGUUCUGCUCUACCUUCGCAACGAGUGGCAGCACGGCUAUGACGUUUACUACUCCCUCUCGAGGGCUGGAGGCUUUUUCAUGCAUCAGCGUAGCCGAUUCUACAGAUUCAGGCCAGUGUGAGGUGCUAUUGCACACGGCCUGGAUCGGUAGAUCUUCCUCGCAGCCGCGUGCUCGAGAGCACUUCUACGUUGCCUUCUUCGAUUGA